AUGGAGGUAGAAAUCGAACUGCAUCUUGCAGUGAAUAUGGAUCACAUAGAUUCCAAUAGAUAUCUUAGGGAACUGCCCAAAAAGACGCUAUUGGAGUCAACUUUGAAUUUUGCGUAUCAGCAUAGUAGGGCCACCAAUUUCGCUCUGGCCUGCGACUCCCUAAGCCUCCCGCAGGCCCCGAGCUUACUAUGGGCCCAGUGCCCACAGCUUAAGACAACCCUGAGAGCAAAACCUUCAAGUUCUCUCAGCUGA